AUGGAGCCACUACACCCUUGGUGCUUGUAUAUUAUGAUUCUAAUCUUCGUCCUCCUAGCUCUAGUACUCCUCGAGCUGCAUUAUCUCCGGACUCCACCUUGUGCGCCAGGGACAAGCAGGUUGCCGCCGGGACCAUGGCGGCUCCCGGUAAUUGGCACCCUCCACCACCUAAUGACCGUGAAGAACCCACGGCUCGUGCACCGUGCCUUGGCCGUCCUCGCACGCCGCUGGGACGCCCCCGUCAUGUACGUCCGGCUAGGGGAGCUGCACGCCGUCGUCAUCUCGUCGGCCGACGCCGCACGCGAAGUUAUCAGGGAGAAUGACACCAACUUCGCCACCCGGACCAUGACCGCGACCGUGAGAGCCACCAUCGGAGACAAGGUGGGGCUCGUCCUGUCGCCCCACGGCGCCAUGUGGCGGAGGCUCCGCAGGAUCUGCACGACGGAGCUUCUGAGCGCAAGGCGCGUUCGAUCCUUCCGCUCCAUCCGGGAGGAUGAGGUCGCGCACCUCGUCCGCGCCAUCGCCACGGACGCGCGCUCCGGCGAGCGUCGUCAUCUGGUCAACGUCAGCGAGCUGGUGUCUCGGUUCGUGUCCGACACCGUUCUGCGCGCCAUCAUGGGCGAGCGGUUCAGGUGGCGGGACGAGUUCAUGACAACGCUGGCCAAGGCCAUGACGAGGGGCGCCGAGUUCAGCGCCGAGGACCUAUUCCCGUCGUCGAGGCUCCUGCGAGCCAUUAACGGCACGGUGAGCGAGUCCAAGGCGCUGAACGCCAAGCUGUUCGAGUUGGUGGAUCGCGCCAUCGACCAGCGCCGUGAGAGGAAGGCUGGAGCAGCUGCCGAAGACGACGGCGCCAAGGAUGCACGCGACUUGCUCGAUGUGCUUCUGAGGCUGCAGGAGCACGACGAUGAUGUCGACUGCCCUCUCACCAUGGCGACCAUGAAAGCUGUCACCCUGGUAUAUAGUACUACUAUCAACAUUGGCAACACGAGAGAAGAUUUAUUUUUUCUUAUAUAUGACCUCAUGAAUCGUUACGCGACACAUCUCUGCAGGACAUGUUUGGGACCCUGGAAGCAGUACAACAUCGACGACGAUCCAAUGGGCCAUGUUAGAGCUGAUGAAGAAUCCAAAAGUGAUGCGGAAAGUGCAACAAGAGAUACGCCUUGUCCUGGGAUGCAAGUCUCGGGGACCCAAAAUACUGGGAUGAUGCCGAGGGUUUCAAGCCAAAGCGUUUCGAAGGAAUUACAGUUGAUUUUCGUGGGACGGACUUCUGGUUCCUACCGUUCGGUGGAGGAAGAGGGAUGUGCCAACAUUGAGCUGGGACUCGCAACACUCCUAUAUCACUUCGACUGGCAACUCCCACCGGGGCUCACACCCGAUGAGAUAGACAUGGCUGAGAAGUUUGGUGUCAAUGUUCGCCCAAAGAGGGAUGUCUACCUUAGCCCAGUCCUAGUUCUGCCACCAAACUCCACUGCGCUUCGCCUCCACUGCGUCGUCCGCCUUCCAUACUCCACCUCCACCACGCCACCCGCCUUCCCCACUCCGCCUCCACCGCGCCGCCUGCCUACACCAUGGGAUCCGCCCACCGUGGCCGCUCCUCUAAGCCGGCGAGCCACAACGACGGAUGCUCCAGCAAGCAGGCAAGGGGAGGAGCUUCGUGUGACGCCACCCCACCGGCGAGUUGUCCGCGCCGCUACCACAACGGCUCUUGUCCUUUCUUAUACAACUGUGGAUUCCAUAACCACCAUUGAGAAAUAA